AGAAAACAACAUAACGACUAGAAUCACGACUAGAAUACGAUGAACCCGCCACAGACUGUGUGUCACAAGCUAGUGAGGAACUCUACCUGAACCACAGAAUAAACAAUGCCUAAAUCGCCUGAAAAAUGUUUUUCAACACACCGACUCUAGCGCCAUCUAUUCAUACACUUUAAGCUAAGUCAAGCCGGUUUUAAGCGGCUAUUGGGUGAACCGAACGUUUUUGCCUCGAAAAGGUUCGUGCCACCGGGUGAACCGAAACACUUCCUUGUUAUUAUUAUUUACGGCUACGAGACUACUUGAAUGCCUGACUUCGCACACUUGAUGCCGCCCGGUUCUCCUCCGUGUGCCGCCCGGUUCUUGGCCGAUCCCCCUGUGUGGGCGAGUGCCAGCAAAGCUGAACGCUCAUCAUCAUCAUCUCUGAUAGGCUCUCCGAGACCUUGAGUCCAGCCACUCACGGUAGGCACUGUUGAUCGCGGAGAAGUGACUUGUUAACGGUGCCCAAUUGCAGUGCUGCUGUAGGCCUGUGCAAACGCACCAGUGGGCUGCGUAAGGUGACCGUCGAACUGCGCUGCUGCAAGGUCAGGUGGGCAGCUGCUAUGUCAUCCAGGCCGGGCGGAAGCCAACCACUGGGCGCCAUGCCAGCUGGAGGCAUGAGUGCCUUGCGCCGCCAUGCUCGCAGCUUUCUUGAACAUGGCAUCGAGCAGGUUCUCCCACAUGCACUGGUCAACAAGGCAGUGCAGCGUGAGGGUGAUGCACUGCGUGUGAACAACGAGCUGGUGCCCCUGGCACACAACGCCUACCUGGUCGGCUUUGGCAAAGCCGUUGGGGGCAUGGCCAAUGUCAUGCAGACUCUGCUGUCCGACCACCUCGUCGAGGGCAUCGUCAGCGUGCCCCAGGGCACUCGACAGAUAGCAGCCAACAUGAAUCGGCCAGAGAUGCUGCCCGAUCCUAGUGGCCCAAUCAAGGUGCUGGAAGGGGCCAGGGACAACGUGCCGGAUGACAGGGCUGUGGCUGCAGCUGCGGACAUUGUGGCUCUCAUGCAGAAGCUUAAGGACACGGACAUCCUCAUUGUGCUCAUAUCGGGUGGUGGCUCGGCUUUGCUGACAUACCCAGUGCCGCCCUUGACCCUGAAAGAUGUCACUCGAACCACGCAGCUGCUGCAGUCGAAUGGGGCUCGCAUCACGGAGAUCAACGCAGUUCGCAAGCGCAUAUCGGCUGUCAAGGGCGGGGGCCUGCUGCGACAGACCACUGCUCAGAUGCUGUCACUCAUUCUGUCCGAUGUAGUGGAUGACCCGCUGGCGAGCAUCGCCAGUGGUCCAACAGUGCCCAACAAGGAUGAUCCAGGCCUACCGCUGCGGCUGCUCGACAAGUACCACAUCCGGGACAAAGUGCCUCCGGUCGUGGUGGAAGUGCUGGAGCGCGUUGUGUCCCACCUAGAUCCACCUAUCACGCAGUCCCUGAAUGUCCUCAUUGGCAACAACAAGGUGAUGUCUCGUGCCGUGUGUCUGUUGGCUCGCCAGACAGGCUACCAGUCGUACCUGUUGACCACCUCACUCGUUGGCGAAUCACGCAGUGUGGGCAGGGCCAUGGCUCAGCUGGCUUUCUACCUGUGCUACGGGGGCAAUUCUGCCGUCCGUGUUGUGCAUGACCCUGUCACUGACAUUGCCCAGAACCUUCAGGUCCGCUAUCGCGAACUGGAACAGCUGAAAGAGUCGGCCGAACGGGCCUUCGACAUGGGCCGGCCCAUCUGCGUGGUGGCUGCGGGUGAGACGACUGUGCACGUGACGGGCUCUGGCAAAGGGGGUCGCUGCCAGGAGCUGGCUCUGGCGGCCGCUAUUGAGCUCAAUCGACUCUUCAACCACGCCGAGCUGCAGCAUGCUGAGCUCGUGGUACUGGCAGCAGGUACAGAUGGCCAGGAUGGGCCUACGGAUGCGGCAGGUGCCAUGGUGCACAUCACAACCGUGCCCGAGGCCUCCGCUCAGGGCAUCGACGCCAUAGGAGACCUGGAGCGCAACGAUUCGCACCACUUCUUUCGCACCUUCAACAGUGGUGCCGACCACCUCAUCACGGGGCUCACCGGCACCAAUGUCAUGGACUUGCAUAUGCUGCUGCUGCGCCGAAAGCCUGCUAAUAGCUAGCACCAACUCUUCAGACUGUUUCAUUUUUUUUAAUUUUCAAUAAAAUAAUUAUGCUGGA